AAAGCAGCAGCACAGUCGUAGUUUGAAGUUCGUUGUGGUUACAUAUUCGCUUCUAAGCAGUAGUCAAGUGAAGCCUACUGAGCUAGUUUUUUCUUCUAUUCGUUCAGACUAGUUACUGUACAAUUACAAGUAGCUUUAACUGUUUGUACGGAUAUUUCCGAACAUAAGAAAUUUUAUUCAAAAUGAGUCCCGAAAACAAACCAAGUGAAGUUGAAGUGGAGAAGGUAGCCGCCACCGAAGAGUCAGUCGAGGUCGACAAGGAACUGAAAGGAGUCAAGCGGCCCGCCGAAGAAAAAUCCCCCGAAUCCAAGAAAGUGAAGAAGGACGAAAAUGGCGCGGGUGAAGAAGAAGAAGAGGACGUAGAUGAGGAGGGUGAGGAAGCGGAAGGAGAGGACGAGGAGUACGAUGUUCCCUAUGGCGAUGAGGAGGAUAUCGAAGCGGAAGAUGAGGAAGACGAAGGUGAUGAGGUUGAUGGAGAAGAAGAAGAAGACGAGGAUGCGUAAUGAGUGAAUACUGAGUGUUGGGGCAGGUCGAGGCUGACUCGUUGAACAGGACGUGCUACUCCGGAUGCGAUACGGUCGGCUUCGAAAGGAAACACACACUCUUUGGGGACUUCUGUAACAGCUACAAACUCCAGUUUCACACAAACUGCACCUUAUUAAAUUCGUAAUUAAUAGUUAAUUUAUUUAACGCGAUAUAGUUGUUGCGUUUUCGGUAGCUCUUAGGUACACUAAAUUAGUAAUGCUAAUUACUAUUGAUGGUAGUAGAUUGAGAGAGCGAUAACAGUAUGUUGAGAGAACGCGACAAAAUGUGUCUGAGCGAGGGUUCGGACACCGAUGCAUAACCUGAAAGUGAUCUUAACCUAACACUGAGUAAGAGUGAGACUACGUGAGCUAGUAUUAGGUGACUUAUUAUUUCGAUUUACAUUAAAUCUGCCGAAUAAUAAGUAUAUGCUACUAUGAACAUUGUGAA